AUGGAGAAACUGUUCGUCGUUUGCGUUCUUGUGGUUGUAGCGGCAGCUCAGGAUCAAGCUCAAGAAAAUAAAGUUGAAAUAAUUACCGAAAGGUCGUUUGUAAGAACUGAUGGAUAUGACUUUGAAUUUAAAACAAGUGAUGGUACAUCACGCAAGGAGCAAGCUGACCUGAUAACUGUUGGUGAUCACCAGGGUAUUGGUGUCAGAGGUUCAUACAGCUACACUGCACCUGAUGGCCAACAAUACGAAGUCACAUUUGUAGCUAAUGAAAAAGGCUUCCAACCACAAAUAAAGAUUGUUAAUAGUUCUCAAUAA